GCAUCUACUCCUGGCAGGAGUAUCCACUCCUCUUCAGUGAGGUCCACCAGUACGGCAUCAUACACCGCCUGGACGUUCCUAGCAGCGGCUUGAUCUUGGUUGGUAAGACCUUCGGUGGCUACUUCACCCUGCGUUGGCAGCAGGACACCUACGACCUCGGUCGGCACUACCUG